GUAUAGAGUCGGUUGUACCUGACCAUUACCACGAUGGUCAAUCCAUUACACAUUCUAACACCGUAUCGAACCGAUUACAAGGUGAACCGUUUUGGUAUCACUGGAAUAAGGUACCGUUACUGGACAACGACAGUAGAAGGGGGUUUUCUUCUCUCGCGUCUAAACAUCCAUAAACCAUCAAAAACUAUAACUCGAUUGUUCAAGUUCAAGGCUGUACUAAUUCGGACGGUUUGUUCGAGAUUCUGUGAUAUCGAUAUUUUUUCAAAUUCGUUUUUAUUUUUUUCUCUGUUCGGCGUGAAUUUGGUUGUUUUUUCUCGUGACUGUCGCGUCGAUUUGUGAUACCUAAACGAAUGAUGUAUUAGAAAAGAAAAGUACCUCUAGAAGUGUUUUGAUGACGAAUGAUUAAAAACUCGAAAUAUGAGCAGCGUCGUACCAGCUUUACCGGUAGCUUUGGCCGGUGUAGCGGCCAAUGCGGCCUCCAAUGUCGCCUGGUUUGCACCUUUACUGAUAGCAGCUUUGGCGUAUUUUCAUUACGAGCUAAUGGAUCCGGAAUCUAGACCUAUCGAUAUAGAAACCGAAAUGCUCCAGCCACAAUACGAUUUUAUAGUAGUGGGCGGCGGAUCUGCUGGAGCCGUUGUUGCGAAUCGAUUAUCAGAAAUGGAAAACUGGACGGUGUUGUUGCUGGAAGCCGGAGGUGACGAAACUGAAUUAUCAGACGUACCAUUAUUAGCAGCUUAUUUGCAAUUGAGUCAGCUGGAUUGGAAGUAUAAAAGUGAACCUCAGCCAGGAGCUUGUUUAGCAAUGAACAACAGACGAUGUAACUGGCCACGAGGUAAAGUCAUCGGAGGCUCGAGCGUAUUAAACUACAUGCUGUACGUACGAGGCAACAAAAAAGAUUACGAUCACUGGGAGACACUCGGCAACGUCGGAUGGAAUUCCGAAGAAGCCCUCUACUAUUUCAAAAAAUCCGAAGAUAAUCUAAAUCCGUUUCUAUCCCGAACUCCAUACCAUUCAGUCGGCGGUUACUUAACCAUUCAAGAAGCUCCCUGGAGAACUCCUCUAGCAGCCACAUUCGUACAAGCCGGAAUCGAAAUGGGGUAUCCGAACAGAGACAUUAAUGGCGAAUACCAGACAGGUUUCAUGAUACCUCAAGGUACCAUUCGUCGAGGUGCCAGAUGCAGCAGUGCAAAGGCUUUCUUACGACCGGCCAGAUUACGUAAAAAUUUACACGUCGCUAUGAACGCUCAAGUCACUCGAGUACUCAUCAAUCCCAACACCAAAACGACCCAUGGUGUUGAAUACCUGCGAAAUGGUCAACGACACACCGUCAAGUGCACCAAAGAGGUGAUUUUAUCAGCUGGAUCGGUGAAUUCGCCACAAAUCUUGAUGCUUUCCGGUAUUGGUCCGAAGGAACACCUACAAGAAAUGAAAAUACCAAUAUUACAAGAUCUAAAAGUAGGUGAAAAUUUACAAGAUCAUAUUGGCCUGGGAGGAUUAACAUUUCUCAUCAAUCAAGACGUAUCAUUAAUGCAAGAACGAAUUCAAAACGUUCAAACAGUAUUGAAUUACGCAGCAAUGGGAGAUGGGCCUUUAACCGUACUAGGAGCUGUUGAAGGAUUGGCUUUUGUCAGCACCAAGUACAUGAAUGGUACCGAGGAUUACCCGGAUAUCGAAUUCCAUUUCAUAUCAGGUUCGACAAAUUCAGACGAAGGGGAUCAAAUACGUAAAGCUCACGGUCUAAGGGAAGAUUUCUACAAAGCUGUGUACGAACCGAUCGAACAAAAAGAUGUUUGGUCAGCAAUUCCAGUACUACUGCGACCACGUAGUCGAGGAGUUAUUAAACUCAGGAGUAAAAAUCCUCUAGAGUAUCCGCUCAUCUAUCCUAACUACUUUACUGAUCCUUUAGACAUGUUGACAUUGAUCGAAGGAGUUAAAAUGGUUGUAACAAUGAGCAGAACGCAAGCUUUUCAGAAAUAUGGCAGUCAAAUACACUCGAUACCAUUUCCAGGGUGCGCUAAUAUUCCCAGAUUCACCGACCAGUACUGGGAAUGUAUGAUACGACAUUAUUCCGUCACCAUUUAUCAUCCGGUAGGAACUUGUAAAAUGGGACCAUUUUGGGAUAAAGAUGCUGUAGUUGAUCCACAACUACGAGUAAUCGGUGUCAAAGGUUUGAGAGUAGUGGACGCAUCCAUUAUGCCUACUUUGGUCAGCGGUAAUACAAACGCCCCAGUUAUCAUGGUCGCUGAAAAAGGCUCUGAUAUGAUUAAAGAAUUCUGGAGCAAUGUGGUUUCACAUAAACGGUGAUUUAGGAUAGGAUACUACUGGAGCAUCUUCAUGGCUGUGAUUUUUUUUUGUACAUAACUUAUUUAUUUUUAAUAAAUUAUUUUCAAUGUUUUCCAAAAAAAAAUUACCUGAACUCUUACAAUUUCUU